AUGACCAAUCGUGACGCUUUGCUUAAGUUGGUCGCUUCCUUCCCAUUGAUCGAUAACCAUGCACAUAAUCUUUUAACUGCUGAUUCCAUCCUGACAUGUCCGUUGGAGGUUUGUUUUUCCGAGGCGCGCGGUGAAGCGUUGAAGGAUGCUGUUCAAACAAGUGCCCUAAAGCAGGCAAUACAGCAUCUCGCAAGGCUUUAUAAAUGCGCACCCUCUUGGGAUGAAAUCAAGCGAGUGAGGGAUACUGUAUCAUACGAUGAAUUGUGUAAGGCUAGCUUUGAAACUAUAGGCAUUCAAAGUCUACUUUUGGAUGAUGGGCUCUACGAUUUAGGAAAUCUUCUGGAUAUUAAAAAACACGUUGGUCUGGUCGAAGAUGUUCGUAGAAUUGUAAGGGUCGAGAGUAUUGCAGAGUCUGUACUCAAAAAUUUGAUCGAAUCUGUGAAUAAAUCACACGAAGCAGUAAUAAGUUUUGCCGAGUUCGAGGAGCCGUUGAGAAACCAACUUAGAUCUCUUGCCGAAUCCGAGGAGGUCGUUGCGUUCAAGAGUAUCGCUGCAUAUCGAUCAGGGUUGAACAUUAAUUGCAACCUCACUAACGAAGAGGUCGCCGUCGCUUUGGGAAAUUUCCUUAGAGUUUAUACUUCGUCUGCCACUGAGCAAGGAACACUUAAGCUUACCGAUAAAGUGAUAAUUGAUCACGUAGUAAACGUGGCGAUCGAUAUUGCUUUUGAGAACGGCAUACCGAUCCAAUUUCAUACGGGAUUGGGUGACAAUGAUCUUGAUCUGUUAUACUCAAAUCCCCUUUAUCUUCGUCCUUUAAUCGAAAAGUAUAAGGACACCAAGAUUGUUCUUUUACAUGCAUCCUACCCGUAUGCUCGUCAGGCAGCAUACCUCGCGUCUGUUUAUUCAAAUGUUUAUGUUGAUAUUGGGCUCAUCAGUUCACUGAUCUCUACUUCUGGUCAACAAUCGAUCUUGCGAGAACUGCUGGAACUUUCUCCGACAAAUAGAAUGUUAUUUAGCACAGAUGGACAUUGCCAUCCGGAGUCCUUCUAUGUCUCUGUGGUUCAAUCCAGGGAUGUUAUCGGAAAGGUCUUAUUGGAAUCCGUAGACAACAAAGAUUUUACGGUUGAUGAGGCAAUAAAAAUUGCCAAACAAAUAUUUUUUGAAAACUCAAAUGCACUUUAUAAGCUAAAUUUGACACCCAAAAUAAGUUCAAAUGUUGAUUAUUUUGCAUACGGAGUAUCCGGGGAAAAGAAAAUUUCAAUUUUGAAGAGUAAGGGUGUUAAGUUGGUGCGAUUGGCGUAUCUGGACAACUCUAGUCAAUAUCGAAUCCGACUUAUUCCAAUAGAUCGGUUCCAAGAUUAUGUUGCUUUCAAUGGGGUGACAUCUUUGCGAGCCCUUACGGCUUUGCCAUUUUAUGCAGAUAAAGUUCCAAAGGGUACCGGCGUUAAUGCAUCUGGAGAGUGCAUAAUCAAACCAGAUCUUAGUACAUUGUUACAGUUGCCUUACUAUCCUGAACAUGCAAUUGUUCAUGGCUUUUUUGAGAAUAAGUGGACACCCGUAGAUCCCGAGUAUGGAAAACCGUAUCUCACCGAAGAUUCAAAGUAUUUUUCGUUAUGCCCUCGAAACUGUCUUCGUAAAAUCGUUGACGCGGCACGGAAUGACUUUGGAAUUAGCUUUUUAGCUGGUUUUGAGUCGGAAUUUGUCUUGCUCAAAAAUACCCAAGAUAGCGUAAAACCGAUUCCCGUUGACGAUACGUUAUACCUUCUUGCGGCAUCUUUCCGUGGUAACAAUUCGGCAGCUGUAAUAGAUAAAAUUGUCGAUUCACUAUCGCAACUAAAUAUACCCAUCGAGCAAUGUCAUUCUGAGUCGGCGAGUGGACAAUUUGAAGUUGUAACCGGACCUUUAACACCUCUGAACACUGCAGACAAUUGUGUUCUGACUCGUAAUACGAUUUACGAUGUUGCCUCACAAUUUGGUUUAAAAGCAACGUUCGUUCCAAAACCCUUUAAUAAUCAAGCGGGUACUGGUGCGCAUCUACACAUCUCACUUCAUGAAAUCAAUAAACCUGAAAAAGAGAACGACGGACAUUCAUCUGGGUUAUCUCCGUAUGAGAGAUCAUUUGUUGCCGGAGUGAUUCAUCACAUUAAGGCCAUAUGCGCCUUCACUCUACCGACAGCUCAUUCUUACACACGAACUGUUGAUCAUUGUUGGGCCGGUUCUUGGGUUUGUUGGGGGGUUGAAAAUCGAGAAACACCCAUUAGAGUUUGUUACCGACCGAAGAAAGGAGCUAAAGGGGAAACCACCUUUGAUAUUAAUUUCGAGCAUAAAUUUGUUGACGCCACCUCCAACCCGUACCUGGUAAUUUCCGCCAUCAUUGCUGCCGGUUUAGAUGGAAUUAAACGGAAAUUGGAGCUCAAUACCCCUCCUUGCUUAGAUGAUCCUGCGUCAUUAACUGAUGAGGAACGCAAGAAUUUAGGCAUUGUCGAACGUAUGCCAGGGAGUCUUCGUGAAACUUUGGACGCGUUAAAGAAUGAUACCGUGCUUAUUGAUGCUUUGGGAGAACCCCUUGUCCGAUGUUACGUUGGUGUAAAAGAGUCCGAACUUAACUUUUGCAAAGAUUUAAGUGCCGAAAAACAGCUUGAAGCCUUGCUUAGAAUCGAACGUCUAAGCAUUGUAGCAGUGGAAAACCUCAGGAAGCACCAUAAACACAAUAUAAAGACAUAUAAAUCCGCCACAAGGACACUUUUACGAGAACUUACAAAAGAAUUUUUUUGCCUUUUCACGAAUUUUGACGAAAAGUUUGACAUAAUGGCACACUUUCCCCUCCUCAUAAAAAUUGUCAAUGUACUGGCAUACUUUCUCUUUCUAGGAUCAAGCGUUUAUUCCUUUCUCUUUUUUGAUGAUGAGGAUACACAAUUUUCGCUCGAAGAUAGACACCCAACUUAUAUUACUCCAGCAUCCUAUGUGUAUGGUAUCUGGGGUCUUAUUCACCUUCUUCUUCUAGGAUUCAUUAUCUACCAGUUCUUCCCGAAGGCUGACGGCGUUGUUACAGAUGGAAUACAUUGGCAUUUCUUAUUCAUUGCAUUGUUGAUCUCCUUGAGUCAAUCUUUGUAUGAAUCGGAUUACCUUAUCAUUUCGUGGAUCGUCACUCUCCUCGUCGCCUCCCAAGUGUCAUAUGUAUACUACACCAUUAAAAAUAAGUAUCCAUCAAAUUCGUUGGCAGAGACCGUUUGGAUUCAUUUCCCCUUUUCCCUGUUUCAUGCAUGGAUUGUUGUCUUAGCUGUGCUUGGUCUUUUUGCUGCAUUUACAAGUAAAGAUGAUGAUGAUGAAUCACCGAGCUUUUUCAUUCAACUCCUCGUUUUGAUAGGCUUGUUAUUCUUGGAAGGUACCGCUGUUAGUUAUAUUGAGAAGUUCAAAGGUGACAUUGCUGGAGCUCUUGUCAUCGAUUGGGUUCUGAUUGGUGUAGCUAUUGGACAGGAUGAUACUUUUAUUCGCAUCGCUGCAAUUAUACUAGCGGCCAUCACGACAUUACACAUUAUUAAGGCAUUGGUCUAUGAUAGAUACAUAAAGAAAGUGCGCAACCCCACCCCUUUCGCAGCUUAG